AUGCAUCCUAUCAUCAUCUGGACCGGCUACACUGUGGUCCACACGACCACCGAUCCGUUACACGCCUUCAUCCAACACAGAGUCUUCCAAGACUCUGUCGGCUGCAAACAACUCAUCGUACCCUGCCGCGGAGACCCAGGCGCGCUCUGCAUCUCCAAGUGUGCGCCGAUCUUGUCGUGCAGGCUGCAAUUCGUACUCGAGUACGUAGUGAUCGGCUUUGUUUCGUCGUCGCCGUCGUCUCCGCACUUCCAUCAAUGGUUCACUCGCGCCGACGCUGCAUCAACAACUGCUCCUGCCGUCGUGCCAUCGGUCUCGAACCCGACUUCGCAUUCAUACUCGAGUUGUGAGUUGAUUGUGUGUGCUCUGCCCGUUGAGGAGGACAUCUUCAAGGCACAGGACACUACUAGUGACACGCACCAGGGUGACGAGGACCUCGACAACUGCCUUGGGGUCCACUUCACGCAGGAGUUCAAGAACAAGCCUCCUGGAGAUUAG